AUGGAGAAUUGCCAAUGGGGCACGCUUGGAGCUGCUAUUGAUGCAUCGUCCACAAAAUUUCCCACGAAAACGAUCGCUUCCUGGGCAGAGCAAAUUUAUUGGGGACUCGCUCAUAUUCAUGGCCAUCACUUUACCCACCUCAAAAUCAACAUUGAACCAGAAAACAUAUUUGUGACUGAGGAAUCCACCUUGAAACUUGGAGGAUUUGGUGCUGUGGAUACUUCGGAGACACUGCGAUACAAGUGUCGUUACAAGAGAAAA